AUGCCAUAUGAGUCCCCUGAAGAUGAGCGAUUGACAUGGUUGAAGGAUGUUUUCCUCAACUACCUGGAAAGCUGGAAACAGAGUACUCUGACAUACGAAAGAGAGUACACACCCGAUGCCAGACAGAAAAUGUUUAUCUCUUUCCAAACGUAUGAAGGCCUGAAGAUUGCUGUGAACUCUCAUGUUGAUGCAAUUAAAUUUCUGCUCACUGCGGGAUUUAAGUAUGUCCUUGCAGAGAGAUUUAAACAAGAUAUUCUCGAAGAUUACUUUGGUCACCAAAGAGAGAAAGGAAGAAGGACAGAUAAUCCAACUACCCAGCAGUUUGGAUACAAUGAUCUGACAAUAGCUUCCCAACGAGACAUUGCUCCAGUGAUUAGAGGUAAUGUUGGUGGAGGUUACGAGAAAGUGAAAUGGCACCAGGUGAGCGUGGAACCAGUAAAAAAGCGUCGUAACUUGGGCAGGUCAGGCAGUAACUGUCAAAAAAGGAAAAGGCAAAAUUUUUAUACAAUACUGUGUGCAUAA